AUGGCAGAGAAGCAGAAUCCAAUUGCUUGCGAACCUUGUCGACAAAAGAAAUGCAAGUGCGAUCGAAUUUUGUCAGUUUCCAAACCAAAGCUCACCUUUACCUAUACCAACAAGCAUAGGCCAGUUUGUUCACAGUGCGCUGAUCCGGCUCGAUGCGUGUACCCCGAGAGUGGAAAACGCGGCCUUCCCCAAGGCUAUAUAACCCAUCUGGAAAACCGACUAGCAGCCACAGAACGGGCUUUAUAUAGUACAUACGCUUAUUUGCGGACCAUCUCGCCUCGGUCGUUCAAGAUUGUCGAUUCCCCACAACCGACUCUGUCGAGAGCAGCAGCUGUGAACGAAUGGGCGCGAUUGCCGCUAAUUGAUCCAGACAAUCUGGAGCAAUGGUGGGCGGAGAAGGCCCGAGUGUUUGGAAAUACCGGGGGCGAAGCGCCGCCGGAAUGGAGUCCGGACACGGCGGGCACAGCGCCCAGGGAGAAGGACGUCCCUGCAUCAACUAUUGGUCUGAGUAGUUUCAGCCAUCUUCACACUCAUCAACGUCAAUCUGAGGGAUACCCGAGGGAAGGCCGCGCAGAGCAACUAGUAGAGUUGGAGCCCGCAGUCUAUUUCUGA